CAGAGGGCAGCCAGGGAGCGCGCCGGAGGCCCGCCGGACCCCGGAUUUGACUCCGCACCCUGGCUGGGGGCUCCAAGUCAUGGCCGACACCAUCUUUGGCAGCGGGAGUGAUCAGUGGGUUUGUCCCAACGAUCGACAGCUUGCCCUGCGAGCCAAGCUGCAGACAGGCUGGUCUGUGCACACCUACCAGACAGAGAAGCAGAGGAAGAGCCAGUGCCUCAGCCCGGCCGAGGUGGAGGCCAUCCUGCAGGUCAUCCAGAGGGCCGAGCGGCUCGACGUCCUGGAGCAGCAGAGAAUCGGGCGGCUGGUGGAGCGGCUGGAGACCAUGAGACGCAACGUGAUGGGGAACGGCCUCUCCCAGUGCCUGCUCUGUGGGGAAGUGCUGGGCUUCCUGGGCAGUUCGUCAGUGUUCUGCAAAGACUGCAGGAAGAAAGUCUGCACCAAAUGCGGGAUCGAGGCCACCCCCGGCCAGAAGCGGCCCCUGUGGUUGUGUAAGAUCUGCAGUGAGCAGAGAGAGGUCUGGAAGAGGUCGGGGGCCUGGUUCUACAAAGGGAUCCCCAAGUACAUCCUGCCUCUGAAGAUCCCUGGCCAGGCCGACCCCCCGCACUUCCGCCCGUUGCCCGUGGAACCAGCUGAACAGGAGCCUAGAAGCACUGAGACCAGCCGCGUCUACACGUGGGCCCGAGGGAGAGUGGUUUCCAGUGACAGUGACAGCGACUCUGAUCUCAGCUCCUCUAGCCUAGAGGACAGACUCCCGCCCACUGGGGUCAGGGACACAAAAGGUGGCAGCAUGGAGUCACCGAAGAUGGGGCCCACCCGCCCACCCAGCCACCUCUCAGGGAGCCAGAGCAGCCUGGCCAGCGAGACCGGGACGGGUUCUGCAGACCCAAGCGGGGCACCCCACCCUGGCCGGACCCAAAGGGCCCCGGUAAAAGGCACACCUGGGCGAGCCCCCGCUGCUGACAUGGCCUCCGACGGUCCCCUCUGCUUGCCCUGAGCAGGAGCAUGCUUGGUGCACGGGGCAGACUUUCCAGUGGAAGAGCUUGAGAGAGAGAGAAAGAGCUGGAGCCAGACCUUCCCCGGCUCCUUCCUGACCAGUCCUAGAGCCCUCUGCCGCCAGCCCUGUCGGACACGACCUCGACCUCUGACUCAAUAAACCAGUGUCUGGGCGGCCGAGUCCGCUGCCCCCAUACCCAGUGCCUUUCUGCACCCCUUCUCUCCUGGGAACCCCUCUCUCCACCCCCACCCCAGUCCCUCCACUCAGCUGUGAGCCUUAUUUAUUGCCCCACCCCACCCCCAGGCUCCCCCAUGUUCAUUUUAAGUUUGCUCUCGUCUUCGUUGGACUGGAAGGGCCUUCAGACCCACCUUCUGGGGCCUUCCCUUAUGCACUGCAAUUUCAGAGUGUGCUAGGCAGGGCUUCCUCCACAUUUGUAUUCAUGGAAGAAGAAAUCCCAGCCUGAGCGUGACCCUUCACAGCUGAGCAUGGCGCCCGGAAAGGAGCCCAGAGCAGGUGGGAUGAGACGUCCGCCCAUCCUUCUCGUCCCCCUGCAGCUCCGGACCUGGGUGCAACCUCCUCCCUCCUGGCCCAGGAGCCGCUGUUGAACCUGGCUCUCUGUGAGGUUUCUUGGAAGCCCUCCUUGCCCUCCCCGGGGGCUGAUGGAGCUGGAAAGGGUUCUAGUGAACACUGUGAAUUCACUCACUAAAGAGCAGCCUUCAGCUGAGUCCCCUGCUGGGCGCGAAGUUCCCUAAGCCAUUAAUUCACGGCUCUUCAGUAGGCUCGGUUUGGCAGAAAAACACUUAAUUCCGGGUGUGGGCAGAUACUUCUGGAAAAGCUUUCCUGGAGGAGAGAGAAUGCGUGUUUAUGUGUGUAUGGUGUCCACACCCUCCCUUCCUGCCUGCCCUGUGCCUGGUCCUCGAAGGGCCUUCCUCUCCAGGCUCUCAGGCCUCCACCAUGAGCUCUUUUGCCCUGGUCGCUGGCAGACAGUUAAAAAAACUCACUGUUUCCCUGUGACAAGUUAUGCUUCAGAAU